AUGCCAAGAGAAAAAAAUUCCAUCGUUGCCAGUGGUAAAGUUGACGCAUAUUCUAAUUCUAAUGUACGAGAAUUGAUUCGAGCUUUUAAAGAAUGCAAGACUGUCCAAGAUUAUUUCAUCAUUUUAAUUCAAGUGAGAUUUGAGAUUUAUGAGGAACUUUUCCAAGAGUUAUUCGGUAAGGAUAAAGUAAUAAUUGACAAGCGAAUAUUUGGUAGUUUAUUAUCAUAUUAUAUUUUGCAUACUUUCCCUAAGAUUAAGAGAGUCACAUAUGGGACGUAUCGAAAAAAUAAAGCAAUUACUAUCAAUUCUCUUGAAAUUGAUUAUUCGAGACAUAAGAUUCAAUUUAAAUAUCGGAUUAGUGGUAAUAGAUUAAUUCAAUUACAAACUUUUUUAAAUGAACAAUCGUUCUUUAAACCAUGGAAAUUUCGUAUAUUGUCUGAUGGACGUAAAGAAGAAAAUUUAUUUAUCAUUGACAAAAAUCCAUUAAAGAAUCAUAAUGAACCAAAUACAAAUUCAAAACAUAUUCGGAAUAGUGAAACUAAUUUGAAAUUCAACCAAAAUGUAUUGGAAUAUUUAAAUAAAAAUGGUGAUCCAUGGGAUAUAUAUAGUCAAUGUUUUGCAAUGUUUGAAAACCAUUCAAGAGAAAUGAGUUGUAUCCGAUAUAAAUUAAUCUCUGUAUUGACGUUCACUAAUGCAUGCCGUAUUAGUGAUUUGAUCCGAUUAGAUCCUAGUAGUUUCCAUUUGAAGAAAAAUAAAUAUCUUGGUACUAUUGUUUGUGGACAUACUUUCAAUACACUUAAUAAUAUUCCAAGAACUGUUCAAUUUAUUCCUGCAUAUACAAGAGGAUGUGAUAUGUUACAAUUAUUAGAAGAAUAUCUAAAAAUCAACAAGAAUGGGCCAUUUGAAUAUGUGCCAAUGCAAAACAAUAAGUCUCCUAUACAAACAACUAAUGAUGUGAAUCAAAAAUAUCAAUUCUUUAAAGAAGGUGUUGGCGCAGCUUAUACAAAACUAAUGAGUGUUCAUCCUGCUCAUCAUUUAUUUAAAUUGAAAAACGCUCCAAAGACUGAUUUGGGUAUUUAUUUGAUGAUCAACUAUUUGAAUAAAAUAGGGUUGCAAAAUGAAGGUCAUCGUUUGGGUAAUUGGACAAAAGUUUGUCCAAUAGAUGGUAGUGAAUUGAAAAAAAGAAAUUUUACUACUACUUUGACCCCAUGUCAUUCUGUACGGGAUUCUACCAGGGCUAUAAUUAGUGGAUAUUAUCAAAUAUCAAAAUAUACCAACAAUAACAAGAAAAGAAUGGUACGAGUGCAUACAUUACCAGAAGAACCUACCUCUUUCACUUAUAGUGAUAAUCUUCAAUUGCAUUAUGGCCACUGGGCUAAAAUAGUUCCCCAUGAUGUUCUUGCAUUUCUGCUCGAAUAUUCUGUAACUUCUAAAGAAGCAAGAUUAGCUUUGGAUACUUUACCUGAAAUACUGACUCCUUCACUCUCCAUGCCAUACACUAGUAGUAGUAGUAGUAGUAGUGAUGAUAGUCAUAGUUAUCACUAA